GCACCCUUUAUAAUUAUGGACAGUCCCGAGGCACCCUUUACAAUUAUGGACAGUCCCGAGGCACCCUUUAAAAUUAUGGACAGUCCUGAGGCACCCUUUAAAAUUAUGGACAGUCCUGAGGUACCCUUUAAAAUUAUGGACAGUCCUGAGGUACCCUUUAAAAUUAUGGACAGUCCUGAGGCACCCUUUAAAAUUAUGGACAGUCCUGAGGUACCCUUUAAAAUUAUGGACAGUCCUGAGGUACCCUUUAAAAUUAUGGACAGUCCUGAGGUACCCUUUAAAAUUAUGGACAGUCCUGAGGUACCCUUUUAAAUUAUG